AUGGCCUCCGAAUCGAGUAUCACUGUCGACCCCUCGAAGAAACAAAGUCCUCUCCGAGAUGUUGCCCAGGGGGCGGAUCUAAAGGAACAGCUACCGCCCGCCAAGUCAAGCCAGACGUAUCGUCCUCAACAAACCUCAUCUGAGUCGGCUGAAUCAAAUGCCUCGCUGUUUUUCGUGGGGACCGCGACCACGAUUUUGGAGUGGGAGGGUCUCCGCCUCAUGACAGAUCCCAACUUUUUACAUGCUGGUGACCACGUCCAUCUGGGACCCGGUGUUAGAGGGACUCGCAAGACGAAUCCGGCGGUCGAUUUGCAUGAUCUGCCCCACAUUGAUCUUGUUCUCUUGUCGCAUUAUCACGCCGACCAUUUUGACCAAGAGGUCGAAGCGUCGCUACGCCGAGAUCUGCCCAUUAUCACAACGCCCCAUGCCCACAAGCAUCUGACACACAAAGGACAUGGCGAAGCUUUCACGGCAGUGCAUCCCCUCGACGCGUGGGAGAGUAUGUUUGUAAAUGUCACCUCAUCUUCCACGUCAACUAGACGCCCCCAUCUUCGCGUCACGGGCACGCCUGGGAAACACGUCGGCGACGGCCUCCUUGCCAAAGCGAACGACAUCCUCGGUGCGAUCCCACCCACCAACGGAUGGAUGCUGGAACUCGGAUACAUCAGCUGCGACCAGUCAACUAAUUUGGAAUGCGGCCAUCGAAUUUACAUCUCAGGCGACACCCUCUAUGUGUCUGAACUGGAGAAGAUACCCGAGCUGUACACGCACGCGGGCAAACCGAUUGACUUGAUGCUGAUACAUUUGGGCGGAACAACAGUUCCAGGACCGCAUAUGCCCUUGGUGAUGGUUACUAUGGAUGCCGAACAGGGGGUCAAGUUGGUGAAGCUCGUCAAGCCCGAGGUCACAGUGCCGAUCCAUUAUGACGACUAUGACGUCUUCCUCUCCCCGCUCUCCGAUUUCAAAGACGCCAUCACCAAGGCCGGGCUGUCGGACAAAGUCAUCUACCUGGACAGGGGGGACGAGUUCAAAUUCCAUGUGAAAUGA